UGCUUCUCGAAGCGGCGGUCUGGCCUCUUCAAGAAGGCCAGCGAGCUGAGCACGCUGUGCGGCGCGGACGUCGGCGUCCUCGUGUUCUCCCCGACGGACAACCCCUUCUCCUUCUUCUCCCCGAGCAUGGACGCCGUCCUCGACCGGUUCCACAGCCCGGGGCAGCAGCCCCUCCGCCACUCGGCCUACGCCAUCGACGCCCACGCGCGGGAAUGCAUACGCGUGCUCAACAAGCGGCUCGACGGGCUGAGCCAGCAGAAGAUCGAGCGCCAGCGGCGGGUGGAGGAGGCGGAGCGGGAGAGGGAGAAGGCGUGGUGGGAGGAGACGGGUGUGGAGGGACUGGAUAAGGAGAGGGUGAGGGAGUGGAUGGCGUGGUUUGGGGAUUUCAAAGCUAGGGUUGAAGGGAAGGUGGCGGAGAUGAGUUCUAAUUCGGUUUGUGGCGGCGCCGAUCAAUUGAUGGAUCCGUUUUAUACUACUAGUAAUUUUUCGGAUCACUCUGGUGGCGGAGAUGAGUAAUUUUUCCAUCUCCGAAUUUGUGUUUUCCUUCCAAUAAUUAUUUUAUCACUUCCUUUAAUGUUGGAUUAUGCAUUAUGCAUUAUGUUACAUAAACAUCCUACUCCCCUAGUUCUAGAAUUUCAUA